UUCGGCUACUCUUCCUCAACAAAGAAAGAGAGAGACCGCUUGACCCAAUGAUAGCUAUUUCAUUUAAGUCUCCCAUCUGCCCAUCAUUAAAUUCUUCGUUUUAUAUAGAGCAUUUUUCAGUCUUUAAAUAAACCUAUCAUUAGUCAUUACCUCCAUAUUUCCUAGCUCUUAGUUAUAGUAACAUAACAUAAUAAACUAGGGCUUUCUCCACUCCAAAUCUUAUAUCUCCUCCCAAAGAAGCUGGAAUAGUGGCAGUUUCAUAAUGGCACACCCCACGCCACCACACACCAACUCAUCAGCCAAGCCCAAAUACCUCAAGCUUGGCUACCAAUACAUAGUCAACCAUUUCCUAACGUUGUUGCUGGUUCCGGUCUCGGCUGCCGUCUCGUUUGAGGUCCUCCGAUUAGGCCCCGAAGAAAUCGUAAUCUUUUCGAAUUCCUUAACCAACAUGGAUCCUCUCACAGUCUUGUGUUCUCUUUUCUUCGUCGUCUUCGUCGCCACCGUCUACUUCAUGUCUAAACCUCGUUCCAUUUAUCUUGUCGACUACGCCUGCUACAAACCUCCGGUCAGCUUUCGGGCUCCAUUUUCCGCCUUCAUGGAACACUCUAGACUGAAUCUUAAAAACAAUCCCAAGAGCGUGGAGUUUCAAAUGCGCAUUCUUGAAAGGUCUGGCCUCGGGGAAGAAACUUGUCUCCCUCCAGCGAUUCAUUACAUUCCUCCCAAGCCCACCAUGGAUGCCGCCAGGGGCGAGGCGGAGAUGGUCAUUUUCUCCGCCAUUGAUGCUCUCAUGAAGAAAACAGGUCUAAAACCCAAAGACAUUGACAUACUCAUAGUCAACUGCAGCUUGUUUUCCCCCACUCCAUCAUUAUCUGCAAUGGUUGUGAAUAAGUACAAGCUGAGGAGUAACAUCAAGAGCUACAAUCUCUCCGGUAUGGGGUGCAGUGCCGGAUUGAUUUCAAUCGAUCUGGCACGUGACCUUCUUCAGGUCCACCCCAACUCCAACGCUUUAGUCGUUAGUACCGAGAUCAUCACUCCCAACUACUAUCAAGGCUCGGAAAGAGCCAUGCUCCUCCCGAACUGUCUCUUCAGAAUGGGAGGGGCCGCAAUCCUGCUAUCAAACAAGACUCGGGAUUCUGGCCGCGCCAAAUAUAGGCUCAUACACGUCGUUCGCACCCAUAAGGGUGCGGAUGACAAGGCAUAUCAGUGCGUGUAUGAGCAGGAAGACCCUGAGGGCAAAGUGGGGAUAAACCUCUCAAAAGACCUCAUGGUGAUCGCCGGAGAAGCGUUGAAAUCUAAUAUCACGACGAUCGGCCCCGCUCGUCCUCCCGGCUUCUGAGCAGCUCCUCUUCCUCUUCACCUUAAUCGGGAGGAAGAUCUUUAACCCGAAGUGGAAACCCUACAUCCCGGACUUCAAACAAGCGUUCGAGCACUUCUGCAUCCACGCUGGUGGACGAGCAGUGAUCGACGAGCUUCAGAAAAACUUGCAGCUCUCAGCAGAGCAUGUGGAGGCAUCAAGGAUGACACUCCACAGGUUCGGAAACACUUCAUCGUCAUCGCUGUGGUACGAGCUGGCUUACAUUGAAGCCAAAGGGAGGAUGAAGAAGGGGGAGAGGAUAUGGCAGAUAGCGUUUGGGAGUGGAUUCAAGUGUAACAGUGCGGUUUGGAAGUGUAACCGCACCAUUAAAACAGCCAUGGCUGACGGACCGUGGGCAGAUUGCAUUCAUCGGUACCCUGUGCACAUCCCUGAAAUCGUCAAGCUCUGAUUUCGUUGAAGUUAGAACUCAUAGAUUUACUAUUACAUACAAACUGUGUUAAGACCUGGAGUUCCAUUAAAUCUUAAUAGGCCUUUAUUACCACCUGUUCUCCACUCUUAUUUUUUUCAUGUGUUUAUUUCCAUACCUGUAUGAUUUGUACGUGCUCUUGAGGUGUGGUGAAAAGUCUGUAAAGCAUCUUGAAACUGCAUUUAGUGAUGUAAGUCAUAACAGAUUAAUAUUGAUGUGGAAAUAUACAAAUUAAAGUCUGAACUUGUCUUUUUCUCCCU